AUGGAACUGACAGCAGGAGUUGCGGUGCCAGCACGAUGUAGCCGCCCCAAGGAUGUGGCCAACGCACACAUUGACGUGGGCAACAACACGCUGCUCAACGCCCGCCUGCGCUACACCUGCAACCCGGGCUACAAGCGCAAAGCCGGUACCUCCAGCCUCAUCCAGUGUAUCCUCCACGACGGUGCCAGCAAGCCCGACUGGACCCACACCACGCUGCAGUGUAUCCGGGACCCGGCUCUGCCUCCACUAACUCCCAGCCCUGAGCUCCCGACCGCACCACAGACCGAGAGGACGACCCAGAGGGAGAUGAUCCCACCACUGGAGACAUCCACACCGGGAGAGGGGUCGGCCCCAGGGACAUCUCUGGGGACAACCCCGCUGCCCACCACCACCAUGGACCAUGCCGCAGUUUCCAUCCAGACCCUGGCAUCUUCCAUUGCGCUCCCAGUGCUGGUGGUCGCUGGCGUCGUGGCCUGCUGCUGCUGGAGGAUGAGAACGCGUGCAGUGCAAGAUUACGCGGUGACGGCCAUUCCCAUGGUGGCUCCUGCUGCUGAGAACGAGGAGAUGUUACUGCCCAACGUCUUCCCCACGGGCUGA